GAACCCCAGGGGGGAUAACUGAACCCAGGACCCCAUUCCCAGCUCCAGGAGGGAUAACUGAACUCCAGGACCCCAUUCCCAGGAGGGAUAACUGAACUCCAGGACCCCAUUCCCAGCUCCAGGAGGGACAGCUGUGCCAGGUGUCCAUUCCCACAGCCCCACCUUGGUGCCGUGGUCGGGCUCAGCCCUAAGGAGAUUUUCCCAGAUCCGAUUAGGGCCCGGAGCCAGUUAAAAGCAGUUGCAGCCACAGCCCAGGCCGUGAGUGCUGCAGGAUGUGAGGGGAUCCCGAGCGGAGAUGUCGCUGUCCAAGCGCGAGCUGGACGAGCUGAAGCCAUGGAUCGAGAAGACGGUGAAGCGCGUGCUGGGCUUCUCGGAGCCCACCGUGGUCACCGCCGCGCUCAACUGCGUGGGCAAGGGCAUGGACAAGAAGAAAGCGGCCGACCACCUUAAACCCUUCCUGGAUGAUUCCACCCUGCGAUUUGUAGACAAGCUCUUUGAGGCAGUGGAGGAAGGACGAAGCUCCCGGCACUCCAAAUCCAACAGCGACCGGAACCGGAAGCGGGAGCUAAAGGAUGUGUUUGGUGAUGACUCUGAGGUGUCCAAGGAAUCCUCUGGUGUCAAGAAACGGCGCAUCCCACGGUUCGAGGAGGUUGAGGAUGAGCCUGAAGUCAUUCCAGGCCCGCCGUCGGAGAGCCCAGGGAUGCUGACUAAGCUCCAGAUCAAACAGAUGAUGGAGGCAGCCACCCGGCAGAUUGAAGAGAGGAAAAAGCAGCUGAGUUUCAUCAGUCCUCCGACACCACAGCCCAAAAUUUCUUCUUCGUCCCAAUCGGAACGGCUCCCCAUCGGCAACACGAUCCAGCCCUCGCAGGCUGCCACCUUCAUGAACGAUGCCAUCGAGAAGGCCAGGAAAGCUGCAGAGCUGCAGGCCCGGAUCCAGGCUCAGCUGGCCCUGAAACCGGGGCUCAUUGGCAACGCCAACAUGGUGGGGCUGGCCAACCUGCACGCCAUGGGCAUCGCGCCGCCGAAAGUGGAGCUGAAGGAUCAGACCAAGCCCACACCUCUGAUCCUGGAUGAGCAGGGCCGGACAGUGGAUGCCAGCGGGAAGGAGAUUGAGCUGACCCACCGCAUGCCCACCCUAAAGGCCAACAUAAGAGCGGUGAAGAGAGAGCAGUUCAAGCAGCAGCUUAAGGAAAAGCCCUCAGAAGACAUGGAGUCAAACACGUACUUUGACCCCCGGGUCUCCAUAACCCCGGCACAGCGGCAGAAACGCACCUUUAAGUUCCAUGAAAAAGGAAAAUUCGAGAAAAUUGCCCAGAGGUUGAGAACAAAGGCUCAGCUAGAAAAGCUGCAGGCAGAGAUCUCCCAGGCUGCCAGGAAAACUGGGAUUCACACUUCCACCAAGUUGGCUCUGAUCACCCCUAAGAAGGAGCUGAAGGAGGGGGAGAUCCCAGAGAUCGAGUGGUGGGACUCCUACAUCAUCCCCAAUGGCCUGGAUUUAAAAGGCGGCACGACCUCAAAGAAAGACGAGUACUUUGGGAUCACGAACCUGGUGGAGCACCCAGCCCAGCUCAACCCCCCGGUGGACAGCGACACGCCGGUGACCCUGGGCGUGUAUUUAACAAAGAAAGAGCAGAAGAAAUUACGGCGCCAGACACGGCGAGAAGCCCAGAAGGAGCUGCAGGAGAAGGUCAGGCUGGGCCUGAUGCCACCACCAGAGCCCAAAGUGAGGAUUUCCAACCUGAUGCGGGUGCUGGGCACGGAAGCUGUCCAGGACCCAACCAAGGUGGAAGCUCACGUCCGAGCGCAGAUGGCCAAGAGACAGAAGGCUCACGAGGAAGCGAACGCGGCGAGGAAGCUCACGGCGGAGCAGCGGAAAGCCAAGAAGGUGAAAAAGCUCAAGGAAGAUGUUUCCCAGGGAGUUCACAUAGCUGUGUACAGGGUCCGAAACUUGAGCAAUCCAGCAAAAAAAUUCAAAAUCGAGGCGAAUGCUGGGCAGCUGUACCUCACGGGCGUGGUGGUCCUGCACAAAGAUGUCAACGUGGUGGUGGUAGAAGGAGGCCCGAAAGCACAGAAGAAAUUCAAACGUCUUAUGCUGCAUCGAAUAAAGUGGGACGAGCAGACGUCAAACACGAAGGGAGAGGAUGAUGAUGAGUCUGACGAGGAGUCCGUUAAGAAAACAAACAAAUGCUCUCUGGUUUGGGAGGGCACGGCGAAGGAUCGCAGCUUCGGCGAGAUGAAGUUCAAGCAGUGCCCCACGGAGAACAUGGCGCGGGAGCACUUCAAGAAGCACAGCGCCGAGCACUACUGGGACCUGGCGCUCAGCGAGUCCGUGCUCGAGUCCACGGACUGAGCCCGGCACGGCCCCGCGGCCGCUCCCGCCCCGCAGCCCCUGAGCCACACAGCUCCCAGCACUCUCCUCAGCACCCCCAUUAAAGACAUAUUUUUUAAAACAAAUCGCCGUAGCGUGUUUUU